CGCCCCCAGCAUGGAUACAACGAGCAGGAACAGGCGCUCAGGAGACACACUCACUAUGCUGGAGAUUGUUUGAAGCCGCGAUGGGAGUUAACGCAUCCAAGUUUCUAGAGUUCCUGUUACCAGCGUCGUUGCACUAAACAAAGACUUUGGGUUUCUCUGGUUUUCUCUCGCUUCUCUCUCUCUCUCUCUCUCUCUCUCUGAGGGGGCUUGUCUGCAUUUUUGUCCGAGGCGUUUCUCGCACAGGAUGUUGAUGAUAUUGGAAAGCCGGGUAAGAUAAAGUCAGUUCUCUCUGAUGAGAACGACCUCCUCCUCUUCCUCCUCCUCCUCCUCCUCUUCACCACCACUACACAAAGGGAACCACGGAACAACUACUUUGUUUUUUUUUUUUUUGCCUCCUCUUCUUCCUACACGCCAUCAUUUUUUAUUUUUUGAAUGUCAUUAAGAAGCAGAGGAGGCUGUUUCAAAGACAAAAUGGAUCACUUUGCAGCAGAGUGCCUUGUUUCAAUGUCCAGUCGUGCAAUUGUUCACGCUCCUAAAGGGAAUAGGGAGAUUAAACCAGAAAUCCCGUCCUCCUCCAAGAACGGAGAGGAAAUUAAAGAGCCUCUGGUGAAGGAGAACUCCUCUCUUUUUGUGGUGGCGCGGAUUCUGGCGGAUUUUAACCAGCAGACUCCCAACAGUGUUGCCGAGCAGGCAAAAAUAAAGGAUGAGAGCAUGCCGAACCUCAUAGAUGAUGGAAACUCUGCCACACCUACCACCAUCUCCGAUCCUUCGCUCAAACAAAGAGGCAAAAGAUCGAGAGGUCGGACUGAGCAAGAAUCACCUCAGAAAAAGCACAAAUGCCACUAUUCAGGUUGUGAAAAAGUUUAUGGCAAAUCAUCCCACCUCAAAGCCCAUCUAAGGACACACACAGGAGAGCGACCUUUCCCAUGUACCUGGCCCGACUGCAGUAAGAAGUUCGCCCGCUCCGAUGAGCUCGCCCGCCACUAUCGCACCCACACGGGGGAGAAGAAGUUCGGCUGCCCUCUCUGCGACAAGCGCUUCAUGCGCAGCGACCACCUGAUGAAGCACGCCCGGCGCCACUCAGAUUUCCAGCCCGGCAUGCUGAAGAGGCCCCACGGCGGCGGCACCACACGUCCCAGCUCCCUCAGCGACUACAGCCGCUCGGAUGCCUCCAGCCCCACCCUCAGCCCCGCCCUCAGCCCAGCCAACUCGCCUUAAACUGAAACCCGGUCGCACUUUUCUGCCUCCAGACUGUGAGGCCUGUGUUUUCAUCGUAACACUUUUGUUGCACAGUUGUCAGCAACCUCCCCUUUGCUAUUCCUGCGCUUGCUGUGGUGUACCAUACUGUACAUAACUGCUUAUUGUAGUGCAAUUACUUGUGUGAUCUUAAAAGAAGGUAAUGCCUUUCCCAGAUGGCAAUAUCUACAUUCUGUACCACAUGUCUGUAUUUUUUUUUAGCUUCUGAUCAUGGCUAGUUGUUCAAUGUAUGUUCACAGUCAGCUAAACAAGGUUUAGAAGAAGAAAAAAACAGACACCCUGACAAGUCUUAUCAAAAUGUUUUGGGAUUUUUUUGUUUUGUUUCGUUUUGUUUUUCUGAAUUUUUUUUUUGAACGGGUUAGGAGAAAGGGGUUCACACACACACACCUCAGGAUUGAAGACAGUUGCUAUUUCUGUAAUACCACAGUACUUAACCGUACUCACACAGACUGCACAAUAUACUCAUCACUUUACUCUGAAAUUCAACAGGGGUUGAAUUUUACGCCCUGCUCAGGGAUGGCCUUGUUAGCUUGAAAGAAUGAACACGGUGAAGAGAGACAUACAGUACAUAUAUAGCAGCCUUACACUCAACACAAUUUGCACUCUUUGUUUUUGUUUUUUUGUCGGCUUUUACUUUCGAGGAAACAAGCCCUACAGUCUUCUGGUCAAUCAUACACACACACACACACACACACACACAAAACUCAAGUUCUGUUCUCUGUCGUGUUCAGUGGAUUCAUAUGUAAUGUAAUUGCUGUGUACAAAGUAUGAAAACAAUCAGCAGAUCCCCCAUCUCUGGAAAAAAAAAAAAAACGAAAUCCAUCUGUUCCUCCGCUGCAAUGUUAAUAUUACAUUACACUGGGUUCAAUGUGUGCUGCAUUAAAUAGUUGUGUGCAGUUUAAGCCAUGUGGAUCUGCACUGUGGGAGGAUUGGGAAUUUAUUGGGUUAACCGUUUUUUUUUUUUUUAUAAUUCUAAAGUUGGAGAAACUUUGAAAACCUUUAAAUAGAGACAGUUAAGUUUCAAAGCAGCUGUUCUUGCUUAACAAAAUCUGUCUCAUCAGCCCGUAUUUCAAAAUGGACACAAAGGGACGAAACAAGGUUCAUCCAUCUCUCAAGCACAUAGGAAAAAAGUACCAAAGACAAGAGUGAAUGAAAGCUUUUUUUAUCGAGUCCUGUAAGCUGCCCUUCACCGAGGCCCUGCUGGUUGGCAGUAUCGCAGGUAGAGCCAGACGCCCGCCCGCCCGCCCGCUCGCUUCCCUCCUCCUGGCUCUGCCUUUUUGUGGCUUCCCUGGAGGAAACAGCUGCACCCAAAAGAAGCUAUUCACAGCCUGCAGGAGGAGUGCUAACAUGCCAUUCCCCCAAGGAGUCUUUCCUCAUCUGGCUCUACCUGUCCUGUCAGAGAGCGGUGAAGCUCCGAGCCUGCCAGAUUGCAUGAGGUUGCCUAACUUGUGUGUGUGAGGGGGGGUUCAAAUGUAGGCCAGAGUGUUUUAGGCAGAGCCGAGCAGGGCCGGGCCACAACAACGUGGAGCGCACAGCGAACAAAGCAGCUAUCUGCAAUAAACAGGCAAGAGAGGGCAGGUCCUGAUAAAAGAGGAGAGGUUUAUCAUGAGCUGAACAGCACAAAGGAGGAGACACCCAGUCGCAGACACCCCCAUUUCCUCCUCCUUCCUCCCGUCUCCCCUCCUCCCUCCAACGGUAGAAAACAGCCAGCAGAGAAAACAACAAAAAAUGUCUGUAAUUAGCGUGUUGAUCCAAACUGUAGGAUAACGGUAGAAAGAGAAGUGUUUGAGCAACAGUUGCAUCGAGUGUGGGUGGGAUGUGCCCGACUCCAUCCUAAGCACAGACAGAAAUCCUUUUGCUACCGCUGGAAGAGUCCGACGUCACAAUGCCAAGGAAAAACUACGUCGCUCCACAUUGAUAAACCUGAGCUUUCAAACAGCUGCUUUCAAACUUCUUUCUCUCAACGAGGGUGGUGGGGUGGUGGGGGCUUUUAAACUGUUGUAAAAACAUUUGAACCAAAACGAACAUAUCAGCAAAGCGCAGUGCUCACCAGCCUCACGUCGUCCUGCCUGUGAAGCUCAGAUGUCCCGUGAGAAAGCUGACUUGUGUUUCUAGACAGACAUGCCUCAAUAAGUCAGGCAAAAGGCACAGUAAACCUUCCAUGGAAACGGGCACCACUAUCAAAACUGCUGCAGCCCCCAGCCAGUCUGUGUUAUGCCUACAUUUUCCUUUUUAAUGCUUCAGCACCACAUUUUGGAAAUAGUGUCAUCCAUGUAGUUCGGUCCUGUCAGACCCCUCCGGGCUGUUGUCAUCCUGAGUUGCAUGUGCUCGCUCCAUCCUACCAACAGCUCCGCCGGCUCUCGCCCCGCAGUCCUGUGCUUGACACUAUAUGCAUGUUAACUUCGCCCUGAAAGCGUAGAUGGUUUUUUUUUUUUGAGGCGGUCUGGCAGGUGUAAGUUCAUGAAUGGCAGGCCUUGUCCCCCCGUUCUCCACAGCAGCCAUCUCUCUUUAAAGUUGUGAUGAAUCAGCUCUGUCACAUUCUCCAGAAAGAAAACAUCCCUUAUUUAGAUCGAAUGCAGUAGUUUCCUCAAAACACCACAUUAAAAAAAAAAAGGAAAAAAUUAAAAAAAUAAAACCCCCAAUCCUUUGUAUGAUGUUAAAAUAGUUUCCAGGCUGCAAGAUGACACUUUGAAUGCCACUGAUCAGCAACUCUCAGUGACAGAAGUGCUGAGAGGGUUUUACAUUUACCAUUUCUUAAGAAAAAAAAUAAUUCUUCAAUUUGCUGUUGAACAGCUUUUUUUUCUAUCCAUGACAUUUUUUUUGUUAUCGUCAAUUUUUGACCUGGUUUGUAGUGUAACUUUCACUUGCAAAAAAAAAAAAGAAAAAAAAAAACAAAACAAGUUUCUGAGUAGCUCGCCCUCAAGCAAGUUUCAUUAAUCAGUUCUUGAUCCAUAAUCUGCACAUUUUCCUCAGGGUCAACAUCUGCCAAGCAGAUAUGGGACAGUUUGUGUAUUUUGUUAUAACAUCAGUUGCCGCACAGAUAUAUGUCUGCCAGCCUCCCCCCCCCUCCUCCCUCGAUGUUCCUGGGUGCUUAGUGUUCACUGCUGGUCAGUGUCCGACCACACUGGAAACACAGGAACGCCUCAGUACAGGCCCAGCUCCUGCCUAUCGUGUCUUCAUAACAUCUCACAGUCCUACUAUCAACCACACCGGAGCCGUUUUCAGUGAAAUGCCCCUUUAAACACCAUUGACCCUUAAUGUCAGUGGACUUACAGAAAGGCAAAAAGAAGCUCCAACCAUCUGAAAACCAAGCGACUGUGUAAACAUCCCCCCCCCCAGUCUAUCCAUCCAUCCAGACUGCACCAGUGACAUGUAGGCGUCCACAGGCAGAGCGUCUCAAAACUUUUAUUCUCACUGUACCAAAUGUACUUGAAUAAUUCAACACAAAAGGCCAUUGAACACAGUUUUGUACAUGUCCAUUUUUACUGUACUUGCUUUUGUUGUCAAAUAAUUAUGAACCUCUCUGAAGAAAGGUGUACAGUCUGCUCUUUUAUCUGGUUUAUUUUAUGCUUUUCUUUUUUUUCCAUCAUUGUCUUCAGGUCAUUUCAGCAGUUCUUUUGAAUUUAAAGCAUCAUUUUGGUUAAAACCAGAAUUUUCGCUCCAUUGAUGGGGUUCACUCCUUUAAUCAGGAACAUUUAAUACUCUGUUGAUGUCAGGAUGCAGGCUAUUCCAGUUAGCCUGCCAUCCAAAAACUCGUCUAAGUCAGAAAAUAUAAAGAACGUUUUGGGGGGGGUUUGUUCUGGGUGAUGAUAAGUAUGGAAACUUCCUGACCUCUAUGUGUGUCAAUUUCAGAUUGAGUGACUAAUUUUCUUUAUUAUUUAGAUUCUUUUUCCAUAAAAAUAGAGACCACAGCAUUGUGAGUUAGCAAUGUAGUCAUAUUUUUUAUUAUAGCUUUUUUUUUCCGUCUCAUUUGAAAUGUUUAAGGUUGUAUAUUUUUCAAAAAUCAUACCUCUUGAAAUAUUUUGUUGUACCUUCAUAUCUUUUUCAAAAACAUCCAUCAUGUAGCUUACGUUUUGCUUGAUGAGUAGCACAAAUAUUUGGUGGUUUUAUUUGUCCCUACUUGAAUGAGGAAGUAAAGAAAGAGAGACUUUUUUUCUGUAAAAGACAAAAAAAACUAAACAAAACACUGGGCUACGUUUUAUAUAAUCAUCCCAUAUUGCCAGAUCCUGCACGUCCUUGUAGAUAAAAAAAAAAAAAAAAGAAAGAAAUAUUUCCAAGAAAUAUAAAAAAACCUUAUUUUUUAUUAUUCUAUGUUACAAAAAUACAAAAGACAUCCCUCUCCCGCUGAGCUCCACAUUGUCUUGGUUCAAACAUUUUCUAUGUGAGGGAGGAUGUCCGCUGUAAAUUACUAUUCUUUUUUUUUUUUUUCAUCCGAUUUUAUGAUUCCAGUGUGAUUACAGAUAGUUGUCAGAGAAAAAGCAAAAAUGGAAAUGCAAGGUUCCUGCGAGAUACUAACAGUGUACCGGUUAAUAUUUUUCUUCUAAUUGUACAAAAAAAAAAAAAGUAUAUAUAAAAGUGAAUUAAUUGUUGCCUAGUAUGUAAACGACUAACAAUUUUAUUUAAGGAGUUCAUAUUAAUGACAUCGAUGUAUCACUGAUCAGACUGUCUCAAUGGAAAUCUUCAUCGCUGAUUUCAAAACGUACACGCAUGAUCGAUGCAGUUGUGUGCCAAAUCUAUAAUGGUAACUUCAUAUAGAGGAUACAAAUGUUGAGGGUGACAGACCUAGCUACUAUCAGACAUUAAACAAACUUGUACAGUUUUUAUAAAGUGUGACAUGUCUUUAUGUUAUGUACAAGAUUUUAAUGAAGCAACUCUGCAUAUUUGAUAUGCGAGUGUUCUAAGUUAAGUUCUUUUUUCUGCUUUAUGUAAACAUUUUUUGAUUGUGUAGCUUUGUUUUUUCAUUUGGUUCUUAUUUAAUUUUUUUCUUCUGUUUUUUUUUUUUUUUUUGCUGUUCGAUACAAGCAGUGUAUAAUGGCUUAUUGCAGGUAUUUUAUUUUUAUUUUUUUUGGACAUAAACAGUCUUAAUGAGAAUAGAUGCCCAACCAUUCCAAAGGAUUUGAAAAUUGCAUUUGCUAUAAAUGUGCUGCUUACAUCGACCCAAUGCAUUUUUGUAGGUUAUGAAUAGAAGUCUGUCUUGACUGUGAGGUUUUACACGUUGUGAGUUGUGCACAAGGUACGUUUCUCAUUGUCGCAGAUUCUUUAGGCUCUUUGUGUAGGCUUAACCCAAUCUGAAUGGAUACCUGCUAUAUUUAAAAGUUAAGGACAGACAAGAGCAAGUCUUCCCUCAUGACAAAAGGCCUGAGGCUUUUAAAGGUAGGGGUCAGCCAUAAAAGUAUACGGUGGUUUCUUGAUUGUUGUUACCAAAGGCUUUGAAGGGAAAGAUGAAUGUUGCAGUAAUUUUGAAUCCAGCGCCGUUUGUACAGCUGGGUUCAAUUUUACAUGCUGUAAGUUGUUGAUCAUUUGGAUGUUGUGCUUGAUAUGGACCUUUUUUUCUACAUCUCCAGUAAAGCGACUUUAUUGUUUUUACUUUUUCAAAAAUAACUUGAAUGAACAAAAAAACCCAUUUAAUCAUCGAAGCAAACAAAAGAGUAAAACAGACUGAAAGAGAGGUAAAAGAAACUCAGUGGUGGCAGAGCGGCGGACCACAUCUGUCGGUACCCUUCACCGACUGUGUGGCCUCGCUCCGCUGCCCCGAACCGACGCCGCGUCGCAUUCGGUCCCUACUGCAGAAAGAUAACAGUCUUUUGCUCCAGCAUCGGGUAUGUUUUGCCCUUAAAGGAUUAGCGUGUUCCAGGUUAUGCGGCGUACAGUGCUGUCAGUGACCUCACUUUGAUUACAAAGAGAGAGCCUCUCACCUGCCUUUUGGUUCUGUUACCUGUACCUGUUUGUCUUCAAUGUACCUCCUCAGUGUAAUGUUGCUCUCUUGAUACCUCUGUGUGUUUCUCCUCUGCCCCUCACCAUCAGUUGCCUGUUGUAGUGACUCCAUGGUGCUGCUUCCCCUCUUAGCACCAGUAUAAUCUAUUCUGUAAAUAACUCUCGACUCAGCUAUGGCCAGUACAUUCUCCAAUGACCUCACUCUUAACUUUUCAGGUGUCAUUUUGUUUCUUCUCUCAGCAAACCAAAAUCACUACAUUCAAGUAUUACAGUUGUACAGUUUCUUGGAUUCUACACACAUUCAAUGUGCUGGUCUUAGCUGCUCUGCUGUACCUUUUUAUGGCAUUAUUUUUUACAUGUUAGACAAUAUAUUGUGACCAUGUCCUAUGCAAAUAUGAAAAAUAACAGAUUGUUGAAUAAUGUAUGUUGUCAUAACUUGUAUGCAUGAAAUAGUGAAGUUUACAUUUGGAAAUAAAUUCAUAAAAUAAGCAGCCA